UCUGAAAACUUCAAUACUGACCUUUAAUCUUAAUGAGUCUGAGAUCGUACGCAUUAAAUGUACAGAUGGACAAGAUGGUGGCAAUAAAAUUGCAACUGUUACUGAUUUAGGUUAUUAUGCAAAAGCUCCAACGAACUUAACGACAACCUUCAAUGCAAGUGGAGUUACUUUAGAAUGGGAGGACACUGAUAAUAACUGUACUUCUACUGAGUAUCAAGUGACUCUCAAUGGUACAUCAACCAGUGUAUUGGCCUAUAAUACUAACAAGACAACUAUACGUAUAAACUCAAAUGAACUAAACACAACAGAAACAUAUACAUACACUGUUGGAGGGUGGAAUGAACAGCUAAGUAACAUCAGUAAACCAUUCACACUUACUGCUAUUGAAGUGAUGAGUGUUACAAUAAAUACAACUAAUACUACUGAUCCUUGUAAGAAUAAUAGUUGCUGUGCUGAUGUUACACUGAAUAUAAUACUGGCAUCAUUAGAACUAGAUGUGAAGCAUCCAAGUCAGUACUACAACAUAUCAUACAACUCCAAUACUGGAAAUAUACCAGCAACAUAUGAAGUAAUUGAUUAUGAUAAAACAGUAUGGACUGGAUCAGGAUUAAAAUAUAAUGAAACCUAUUGCUUUACAGUGACACCAAUGAAUUAUUUCAGCACAGGAAAGCCAAUAAAUAAUGAUACAACUACUGAAUAUCCAUGUCGACCAUCAGAAAAUAAAUGUGGUAUAAAAUGCAUUAUAGCUAUAGGGUGCAGUAUAGGAGGAGUUUUGAUAAUUGUUUUAAUGGGAUCAAUAAUAUUUACAG